AAGAAGUUCAUUGGCCGAUUUGGCAAAUGGUCGACUUUGUUUACAUUUUCUCCUCGUCUUUGCUUUUGCCGAAUGAGCAACACGCGCCUUCCCUUAAUGUGAUAAAAAUUCAAUUUUUUCGACGCAGGUAGUUCUGAAGUUACUUGCCCAGUGCUUAUAUUUUUUAUCUAUUUUCAGUCAUCACUUUUAGUCUAAACACAGGAUCCCCCACCACUGUGAUCGAGUGAUUUCCACCAUCUCGAUGAGAAUCUUAGGGUUUGUUAAAAUUUUCAAGGAAAUCUAAUGGUUAUUCCUGGAAAAUGUAAUUUCACAAGCUUCCAAUCACCAAAACCAAGAUCACUCUAAGUUUUGUGCAGUGUAUUGUUUUGACGAAAAUGGCGGCGUGCUGCUCCUGCCUCAUCUACGUUCUAACAUUGGGCUUAAUCUCAACAUCGUAUUUUGCCAUUCACACUUUGAGUUCCCCUGGAAGUGAAUCAAGUGAAUCAAAUGCAAUACCAGAAUUUCUAGCUUUCACUGUAGCAACGAAUGAGACAGAUGCAUACAAGCAACUCAGAAGUUCCGCUGAAUUAAAUUUCAUUAAACUCCAGACUUUGGGGAUGGGCAGACGAUGGACUGGAGGUGAUGUUCUGUACGGUCCAGGUGGCGGAUUAAAAGUGAAUUUAUUGAAGGAUGCCUUAGAGUCCUAUAAACAUAUGCCUGAUUUGAUCAUUCUGUUCGUUGAUGGGUAUGAUACUAUUAUGCUUUCCUCAGUUGACAAUAUCAUCAGUAAAUUCAAAGAAUUUGAUGCCCGCAUCGUGUUCACAGCAGAGCCAACCGUUUGGCCAGAUCCAAAGCUUGCCAAGGAUUACCCUGAAACAGAUUCUCAUUAUAAGUAUUUAAAUUCUGGUGGUUAUAUUGGGUAUGCCAAUGAUUUGUACACACUUUUAAGCACUGUUUCGAUCAAGGACUCGGACGAUGAUCAGUUAAUGUUCACAAAACUAUUUUUGGAUGAAGCCAUUAGAUCAAAACAUAAAAUUAAGCUUGAUUAUAAAGCUGAAAUUUUCCAGGCUCUGUCUUUUGCAGAAGACGAUGUUGAAGUGAGGUGGAAUGAUGAAACUGGUGCUUUCUUGUACAACAAACGUCACUCAACGGCUCCUCUCAUUGUCCAGGGUAAUGGAAAAAGCAAACACCUCUUAAAUACUCUUGGUAACUAUCUACCCAACAAAUGGACACCUCAAGCUGGGUGUUUAACUUGUGCUGAGAAUAAAAUUGACCUUAGCUCUUUAAAGCCAAAAAAUUACCCUCGUGUCCUGCUUGGUGUUUUCAUAGAUAAACCAACUCCUUUCAUCGAAGAAUUUCUUGCUAAAGUUACCGCCCUGGACUACCCUCCAAAGAAAGUAUCCUUAUUUUUGUACAAUAAUGUCUCUUACCAUGAAGAAAUAGUGAAAAGUUUCAUAGAAAAAUCUGACUACCUCCAUAUCAAAACUAUCAACCCGGAAGAUGAUAUUCCUUAUGAAGAUGCUCUCUCCGCUGCAGUCGAGUAUUGCCUUCAGAAAUCCUGUGACUAUUACUUCAUGAUUCAAAGUGAGGCACAUCUAGAUAAUGCAGACACUUUGAAACUUCUCAUUGAACAAAAUAAAACCAUAAUCGCGCCAAUGUUGGUAAGGCCGUUCAAAAUGUGGUCCAACUUUUGGGGAGCCGUCAGCCCUGCUGGGUUUUAUGCAAGAUCGUUUGACUAUUUGGAUAUCAUCGGUGAUCACAGAAAAGGAUUAUGGAACACGCCGUAUGUUUCAACUGCCAUCCUGAUCAAUGCAACUUUAUUCCAAACAAAAGCACUUCGUCCAAUUUACAAAUACCAGGGUCUUGAUCCAGAUAUGAGUUUUUGUGCCUACUAUCGAGAUAUGUACACUUUUAUGUACGUGGACAACCAAGUCAUCUAUGGUCAUCUUGUUAGCAAAGACUUCUUUGACACAGCAAGGACAAACCCGGACUUCUAUGAAAUGCGGGAAAACAAGUAUGAUUGGGACAAACGUUAUCUUCAUGAAGAGUACUAUGAAAAUUUGAAACUCGGGGCCGCAACUCAUCAGCCUUGUCCUGAUGUGUACUGGUUCCCCAUUGGAUCGCCAAGAUUCUGCAAAGAGUUAAUCGAAAUAGUUGAAGCAUAUGGUCAGUGGUCAGAUGGAUCCAAUAAUGAUUCAAGAUUGGAAACAGGGUAUGAAGCAGUUCCAACGAGAGAUAUUCACAUGAAUCAAGUUGGACUGCACGGUCAGUGGCUUGAAUUUCUCCGAGUCUAUGUGAAACCUCUUCAGGAGAAAGUCUUCAUUGGAUAUCAUCAUGAUUAUCCCAGAUCAUUGAUGAAUUUUGUUGUACGCUACAAGCCAGGAGAACAACCCUCCUUAAGGCCUCAUCAUGAUUCGUCUACUUAUACAAUCAAUAUUGCUCUAAAUGAAGCGCAUAAAGACUUUGAGGGUGGAGGUUGUCACUUCUUAAGAUACAAGUGCUCAGUGACGGACACUCGACUCGGUUGGAUGUUAAUGCAUCCGGGGCGAUUGACUCACUACCACGAAGGUCUAGAAGUUACCGAGGGAACGCGAUACAUUAUGAUAUCCUUUGUCGACCCUUAAGUUCAUGCAGUUUCAGCUGCAAUCAUCUUUAUAUUUUUUGCUCCUCAAGGGAUGAACUCCAAUAUUUCUAAGGUUAAUUUUUUACUUUUUUAAUGUUAUCUGAAUAGGUACCAAUUUAUGUAGGCAGAAAAAUGCAAAUGAAGCCUUCUACAUAACAACAAUGGACAUGCAAUUUAUUUUAAAUAGAGCAUCCGUUGUUGUUUUACUGACAUAGUUACAAAUGUCAAGAAAGCACGGGAAGAACUGAGUAAAAAUUUGCAUUAUAAUCGUUUGUGUGUUUAAAAAGAAUGAAUAAAAAUCGCCAGAAAUCCUAAUUUUUUGCUGCCAUAAACCAAUUUGGUUUUUGCUCUGAUAAGACUAAUUUUUAAUUUAUAAUGUCUCCUUGUAAUUCAAAAAAUUGAUUUUUGUAAUUUUAGCAGGAAUAAUGUUUUAUCCAUCUUUAAAGUAUGCCAUAAAUUUUACCAUUUUUAUCAAAUUUGCUAUGCAGAAACUUCUGAGUCUUUUGAAUCAAAACUUAAGUGUAUAGAUUCAGUGCCACUCAUUUUUAUCGAUGAAUCAAGUCAAAAAUAAUAAUCGUUUUGUGUUUGAGAUUUUUGUAAUUUUUCAAAAAAAUUUUCUUACUUUAAUCAGUUAGGCUAUCCUUGCUUUAAUUUGCUAAAAUAAGAAUGCAGUAUGCAUUACAGACGCAUAAGCAGACCCAGGAGAAUCACUUAAUUCUCGAAGAGUAAAUUUUGCUUCCAUUUACAACGCAUAUCAUGCCUUACUAAUCAUCUCUUUUAAUCUUUUGUCAAAAUUUGUUGAUGACAAAGCAAAAAUCAGGAUUUUUUAGAAGGAUCUUUUUCUUAUUUUGAUGAUUGGUCAGACCUUGAUUAGUAGCGACAAAACUUGAGUAUCAUUUUUGGGCGUGACCCUUUUCUGUCCACCUACUUUAUUGGUUUUGUCAUUUUGAGUUUUGAAGGAACUUUAUCUAGUCUCAUUUUGGUCUCUUUAUUGCUUACUCCUAAAAAUUUUAUUAUUUUUGUAAUCUCAUUUAAAUUCUAAAGAAUGUCUAAAUGGAGUAACAAUUUUAAAUUAUCAUGGGUUUGAAAGUUUUCACAAUCGAUCAAAGCCGAUCAUUUCCUUGUAAUACACGAUUAUUUCAACUUCGGCACUUUUUCUUGUCAUUAACUAAUGAAUUAGGGGGCGUCAAACUAUGAGCUUAAAGUGAUAUGGGAUCAGAAAUUUUCAAUGUAUCUGCUUAUUUACUGACAGAACACCUCCUUAAAAUAUGUUAAGCUCUGUAAACAUUUAAAAACUUAAGAAAGCAAAUGUAAAUUGUAAUAAUAUUUGAUUUUUCUCCGACCUAGCAUGUUUUGGGAAUGUUUAUAGUUGUACGUAAACACCUAACAAACAAUCAGAUGUUACUCAUGAUCUAGGUAUAAUACUCAUUGAUUUGUAUUUCUUCUUACUCAUUUUGUUUCGAUUAUUUCAUCAGAAGUCUUGUUACUCAUCAAAAAUGAAAUGAUCCUUUUAACUUUCAUUUAUUUAUUUGAAACUUUGUUCCCCAAUUUUCGGUGUAAUAUAAUUUUCUUGUGGCCUAGCAAACAAAAAUAUAUGAUCGAAAAUUCUGCAAUUUAUACUCUUAGCACCGAGAAGAAUCAGUAAAAUUUUGGGUAUAUUUGUCUUUGGUUUACAGAGAAAUAUAGCAAUGUCAUUAGAAUAUUCAUCAAUAUUGUUAACUGCUGUAAUGUUCAAUUCACAGAAUUAAUCAGACGUUUUUUUGGUGCGCACAGAAAAACUUCAUUUCUGAUAAUUUUAUAGUAUGACAUGCCCAACAUUUGUUCUACCCCCCCCCCCCUUUUUUUUUAUUUAUUUAAUCAGUGAACAUCUGAAGUCAUUGUGAACAAAAAAUUCAAUUUUUUUCAUUGGAUAUUUUGAAGCUUUAUUUUCCAUUUUACAUCUGCUACCUAUUGUAAGUUGUGACUUUUUUGGCAGAUCAUUGAAUCCUAGCUAUUAGUUUGUACAUAAUUUUUAAAUCAGUUCCUUUUUUAUGCGAAAAUAAUCUUUCAUGGGAAAAAAUUAGGGCAAAAAAAUUUGAAAUUUACACACAAGUAAUGGUGCCAAAUUUCAAUUUGUUUUCCAAAGUUUUCCUCUUUUUCUACAUUGUGAUUCUUCCAUCGUUUAUAUCUAAUUUUAUAAAUGGUCUUCUCUUUUCUUGUAUAUUAUUUUUUCUCUUUUUGUAGGUAUUUUGUUUUACUUUUAGUUUGUAAUUCAUUUUGCAAGAUGAUGCAUCAGUCAAUUUUGGUAUGUUUUAAUCAGUAAAAAGUCUCUCCUCGGGCAAAUAUUGGAGCCCAUGUUACGUGUUAACCAUUAAUUUUAUAGGUUUCAUCUCUUCAAAACUUGGAUUAGUAGUUAAAAUUACUGUUCGCCUGUACAAAACAAUUCCAUAAUAAAUUUUUUUAUUUUAACAGCAAAA